CGUGAAGUACUGUCGGUUCACAUUGGCCAAGGUGGCGUGCAAAUGGGCAAUGCCUGUUGGGAGUUGUAUUGCUUAGAGCAUGGCAUACAACCCGACGGCAUGCUUCCGCCUCAGAGUUGCUCCAGCGACGAAGGCUUUCAAACGUUCUUCAGCGAAACUGGCGGCGGAAAGUACGUGCCGCGAGCUGUAUUCCUGGACCUUGAACCAACGGUCAUCGACGAAGUUCGAACAGGAACCUAUCAUCAGUUGUUCCACCCGGAACAGCUGAUCUCCGGCAAAGAGGACGCGGCGAACAACUACGCUCGGGGCCACUACACCCUCGGCAAGGAGAUAAUCGAUCUGGUGCUCGACAGAAUUCGCAAGAUCGCCGACAUGUGCACCGGUCUGCAAGGUUUCCUGAUAUUCCACGCGUUCGGCGGUGGCACCGGUUCAGGAUUCACCAGCCUGUUGAUGGAGCGUCUCUCGAUGGACUACGGCAAGAAGGCGAAACUCGAGUUCGCCAUUUAUCCAUCGCCGCAAAUCUCCACCGCGGUGGUUGAACCUUACAACGCCAUCUUAACCACUCACACGACGCUGGAGCAUUCGGACUGCGCGUUCCUCGUUGACAACGAGGCGAUCUACGACAUUUGCAGGCGAAAUUUAGACAUAGAGAGGCCAACGUACACCAACUUGAACAGAUUAAUCGGCCAGAUAGUAUCGUCCAUCACGGCCUCGUUGAGGUUCGACGGUGCGCUGAACGUGGAUCUGACCGAGUUCCAGACGAAUCUGGUCCCGUACCCUAGGAUUCAUUUCCCUUUAGCCACGUACGCGCCGAUCGUCUCGAUCGAGAAAGCUUACCACGAACAAUUAACGGUGAUGGAGCUGACGUCCUCUUGCUUCGAGCCGGCUAUGCAAAUGGUCAAAUGCAAUCCACAGAGGGGCAAAUACAUGGCUUGCUGCCUGUUGUACAGAGGGGACGUCGUCCCGAAAGACGUGAACGCGUCUAUUGCGACGAUCAAGACGAAGAGGGCGAUACAGUUUGUCGACUGGUGCCCUACUGGCUUUAAGGUAGGAAUUAAUUAUCAACCACCAACAGUGGUGCCUGGCGGGGAUCUUGCCAAAGUGCAACGCGCUAUGGCUAUGCUUGCAAAUACCACAGCAAUCGCUGAAGCAUGGACGCGAUUAAAUAGGAAAUUCGACCUGAUGUUCGGGAAACGCGCGUUUGUUCAUUGGUACGUGGCCGAAAGCAUGGACGAAAGUGAAUUUAACGAAGCCAGAGAAGAUCUGGCCGCUUUGGAGAAAGAUUACGAAGAAGUCGGCAUGGACUCGACAGACGCUGGCGAGGGUGAAGAUGAAAAUUAA